AAAAAAUCGGCAAAAAACAAUCGGUUUUGACAGUUCAGCAUUUGCUUUUUCUGAAAACAGAGCAAAGUUCCGACCAAAGUCAACAUCAACCAUGGGUCACGGAUUCGGUGAACUGGCCAAGGUCCGAGGUAUUGUUACCCACAAAAUCUCGCCCUACGAGCAGCGUGCCUUUGCUGGUUGGUUCGAAAAAGCCAUCCCCAACACACUGCGUCGCAUCCGGUCUCAGAUUUUCAUUGUGGCUCCACCAUUCGUUGUGGGCUAUCUGGUCUACAACUAUGUGGAGAGUCUGCAUACCCAGUUGGGUCGUAAGAAUCCCAAGGAUUUCGAAAACGACCAGUGAGCAGCCGUGGUCCGUUGCGAUCAGUGAGUUAUUUUAACUAUUUCUUUAAUUGGGUAAACUAGCAAAGGAGAUAAAUAAAAAGAAAUAUCUGGAUGUGAA